AUGACUACACAAGAGACUAUCAAGCCACUGGUUGAUAGGAUUCUUAAUAAUCCUCUACAGUUCAGAAGAUCAACCGCUAGCCCAAAUAUAAGCAAUAAGGACACAGAUAUGAAUGGCAAUAGUGACUCUCCGUAUAUUGUGAUCGGUAAGCGGAAGCUUGCUGACCAAAAUAGCAAGAACAAUGGGAAGUCUGAUCCAAACCAAAGGCAGAGCGAUGAGAAUGAUUCCUCUGAAAUUGUACAGAAGAAAAGAAAGAUGCCUACUUCAGUGGCUGAAGCCUUGAAUUGGUAUACCAACGCAGCACUUAAGGAUAAGACACCUAAAGUAAAAGCACUGCCGAUUGUAAAAGAUGACUCGACCAGCGAUAGAAAAGGUGCGAUUGAGAAACAGGCCGACAGCAAUAGCAGUGACAGUUCUGAUACCGAUGUCUUUCAUGAAGCUGUCGAUUUUAUCGAAGAGCCCGUUAAGGAUCUUGGUGCCGCCAAUGUUGAGAUAACUUCUCAACAGGACGAGGAUACAGGAGAAGAUCUAGGAGAGGACCUAGGAGAAGAUCUAGGAGAGGAUCUAGGAGAGGAUCUAGGAGAGGAUCUAGGAGAGGAUCUGGGAGAGGAGAUUAAAAAGGUCAUUAAAGAAACUGAACAAAAUACGAAAGUUAAAGAAUCUACGAAUGAAGUGCCUAAUGUACAAGCCGCUAUACCAAAAAUCGAGCCAACUAAGAAAAAGAGGAAAAGCUCUGUAUCUAAAGAACUGUCAUUGUUGCAGAGAGAUAACGAGGAUUAUGAGCGCGAGCAGCUCAUGAUAAAGCAAAUAAAAGAGCAAAGAGAAAAAGCACGUAAACAAGAUGAAGAAUUACAACAAAAUAAGAGUAAAAAAACAGAAAAUAGCUCGCAAUCACAAGAAAAACAAAAGGAAGGCAAAGAUCCAGAGACUAAGGACCAGCAGCAGGCACAAGAAGAAGUUACAGAAACAAAGCAUGAAGAGAAGGAUACUUUUGCAGAAUCAAUUUCUCCCAAAAAGUCGGUCACUCCUCCAUCCACGAUACCUGAUAUAUCAGAAUUCUAUCAAUUUAAUGAGAAUUUUGACGAUAAAGGUUGUUUAGAGAAUUCUUCAAUCGUAAAAAGUUGGGGUCCCACUUACAGUAAACUAAAACCUAAAGGACUAUUAAAUCACGGUGUCACUUGCUAUACUAACGCAGCUGUUCAGGCUCUAUUGCAUAUCCCAGCAAUGCAACAUUAUCUAAAUGACAUUUUAGCAGGAAAGUACUCAUCCACAAUAUCUUCUAAUUCAGUUUCCCACGUUCUAGCAGAAACCAGCAGGAGAAUGUGGCACAAUGAUGGAAAAAAAUCCGGCAACUCUUACAUAAAUCCGAAGAAGCUAAUUGCACGUCUAGACGACAUCAACUGCAUGAUGAGCGAAUGGCAACAGGAAGACUCACACGAAUACUUUAUGUCUAUCAUGUCUAGACUACAGGAGGAUUCCGUCCCUAAAGGUCAUAAGAUGACUGAAUCAAUUAUAUAUGAUAUAUUUGGGGGUUCUUUAAAGCAAACUGUCACCUGCAAGUCGUGUGGAGAAGUAUCAACUACCGAGCAACCAUUUUAUGAUCUGUCGCUGCAUUUGAAGGGUAAAAAGACCGAUGAGAAUACAGUAAACCAGGAGAAAAGCUCUUCUCAAAGCGAAACCAAGGAUAGUGAUUCACAGACAUCAAGAUAUUCUAUAGAGAAAUCUAUUAGGGAUUUCUUUAAUCCAGAACUUAUUAAGGUCGAUAAGGAAAAGAAAGGUUAUGUUUGUGAGAAAUGUCACAAGACUACUAAUGCUCUGAAAAGAAAUAGUAUUCUAAGGGCCCCAGAAACUUUGCUUGUUCAUUUGAAAAAGUUCAGAUUCAAUGGCACAUCUUCGUCCAAAAUGAAGCAAGCGGUUUCUUAUCCAAUGUUUUUGGAUAUGACAGAAUAUUGUGAAGAGAGCAAGAAGAUGCUACCAGUGAAAUAUGAACUGCUAAGUGUAGUAGUUCAUGAAGGUAGAUCAUUAUCAUCUGGCCAUUAUAUUGCUCAUUGCAAACAACCAGAUGGUUCCUGGGCAACUUAUGACGAUGAGUACAUCAAUAAGAUUACAGAGCGUGAAGUGUUGAAGGAGAGAAAUGCAUAUUAUGUGUUAUAUACUAGAUUAACUCCUAAAAGUGUCCAAUUAAAUGAGCCAAAAAAACAGUCAACUCCAAAUCCUAUUACUAAUGUGAAACAGAAUAAUGGAAAAAACAACAAGUCAAAUAAAAGGUCCUCCAACAAGAAAAACUGGAAGAAAAAUAAAAGACGAAGAUUAUAA